GCUCCCAGCCGGGGCUGUCACUCGUCACGCAGUGAACCCGGCUGCUGCUGCUGGAGGCCGUGUGGAGGAGGAUCGUGAAGGCCGCAGGCUGGGUGGUGCCCGGCUAGGUGCACUCAGGGGCUGCUGUGCGGUGCGAAGCGAGGCGCGCUCUGAGGCUAUUUGGGCGGUUCCAGGCUAGGUACAGUUUUUAGGCUACUGGGAGGUGCCAGGCUAGGUGCACUCAGAGACUACUGGGCAAGUUGGGAAGCUGUCGUCAUCCAGCAACAACGGAGGGCAGAAGCGUAUAAAACGCAGGGGCGGGGGGUGGCACAAGUGGUGCAUCUGCCAGCCAUCUCAAUCAAUCCCAUGGCACCUGGGUCUUGCCCGUGAUCAGCCAGCAACGAGAACCCUUCUACACUUGCACGCACUUUGGCAUCAAGCAGUGUCCAGGAUGGAGUGGCUGGGUGUGCUACUCCUGGCCGGCAUUGCUGCUCUCGUGCUGGUGCAGUUGAUUCGUCUGCUGCUGGCUGAUGGUGACCUGACCCUCAUGUGGGCUGAGCGCAGGGGCCCUGAUCCAGCUCUGAAGCUGCGAGGUCACGUUGUGUGGGUGACCGGUGCCUCCAGUGGAAUUGGCGAGGCCCUUGCUCGGGAGUUGGCGCGAUGUGGAUGCCAGCUGGUGCUGUCGGCACGCCGGGAGGCAGAGCUGCAACGCGUUCGGAAGAACUGCCUGGAGGAUAGCUCAUUGAAGGAAAGUGACAUCCUAGUGCUGCCUAUGGAUGUCCUGGACUUAUCUACACACGAAGCAUGUACCAAAGCUGUACUCGACCGAUUUGGACGUGUUGAUGUUUUGGUCAAUAACGCUGGACGCUCUCAGCGGUCACUCUUCAUGGAUACGGACCUCUGUGUGUACCGGACACUAUUUGAACUCAACGUGCUGGCCCCUGUGUCCUUGGCACGCUGUGUUCUUCCUGGCAUGAUGGCACCUGGUAGUCAUGGGGGCAUUCUCCUUGCUGUGAGUAGCAUUGCUGGGCUGGCCGGAGUGCCGCUCUCAGCCGGAUAUUGUGCUUCCAAGCACGCUGUGCAGGGUGCGUUUAAUGCUCUACGCUCAGAGCUGGACGAGUACCCACAAAUCACGAUAAGCACGGUGUGCCCUGGGCCCGUCCAGUCCCACAUCAUCAGCAAUGCCUUUUCUGGAAAGGGUGACGAGGCUGUGGGUGAGCAAAAAGAUCAAACUUAUAAAAUGUCCGCCGAGCGUUGUGCACGCCUCAUCGCCGUGAGCCUGGCCGCCCGCCUCCCUGAGGCCUGGAUAGCGCAGCAGCCAUACCUGUCUGCAGCUUACCUGUGGCAGUACGCGCCCACCCUAGCGUGGCGCCUCACUGCCAAAAUUGGACGUCGUCGCAUCUACAACUUUCGCAAUGGGCUGGAUGCUGAUGUUUCCUACUUUGGCUCAAAGGCCAUGAAGAAGGAUAAAGUAUCUUAAAGCUAUACUCUUGUUGCUUCUCAUGUCAAACAAACUUGCUGAGGCAUACAAAACAAUAAUCUGUGCUGCCGCUAACUAAGAGGUUGGCUGCCAGGGAUCCCCAUCUUUUAUUAUUGGUCACUGCUCCAACAUUUUAGGCCAUUUCAGUCCUUCGUAUUAUCAAUCUGCCUCUUAGUCACAUUUUUUCCUCCACCUCCGAUGAACACGGUUGGCUACGUAUGGUACUAAAGAAGUUCAGCAUACAUCGGUACAUAUUGCUCAUUCCAUUUGUCUGUGGUGUUAGGUCAUUCUGCAACUGUUCUGCUCAACGCCACUCAAAUUAUUUUCUAAAAAAUCCACUCCUUCUAUUAUUCAUUAAUCUCCCCCCAAUGUGUUAUUCACAUCAUCUCAACAUGUCUUGCUUGAUACAGCAGAGACCAUUACAUUUUAGACCUUCGAUAUUCUUACCAUUGUCAAUUCAUUCAGUCAGUGUCUUAUUCUCCAAAUGUUACCUACAGUGAGGGAAAAAAGUAUUUGAUCCCCUGCUGAUUUUGUACGUUUGCCCACUGACAAAUAAAUUAUCAGUCUAUAUUUUAAUAAUAGCUUUAUUUGAACAGUGAGAGACAGAAUAAU